CCUCCAUGGCCAGAUGGAUAGAUAAAUGGUCCACAAUGUUUUCCAAAGGCCUGUUUUGUGCUCCUCCUCUUCUUCAGCGUCUGCUGCUGCAUCAUGGCUGUCUACUGGUGCUGAUGCUGCUGAUGUCAUCGCCCGGCUUUUAGACUGAAAGGCAAAGUCGAUGGAUCCGUCAUCCUGUUUAUCCGCUGCCAUUCUCCUCUUUCUCUUCCCCCCUCAACCGUCUCCCAUUCUCGUCUAAUUGACAACGGACCUUGAAGCUGAGGCAAAUAACGAUCUCCUCCCUGCAUCUCUCCUCCCCGGAGCGCAGCGUGGACACGUCCUGGGAGGGAGGCUGUAGGAAAGCGGACUAAAUACUACUAGGACGGCGAACGACAGCGGAUCUUGGUGCUGGUUAUUAUCGAGCUACACAGAUCUUCAGUGCUGCUACCUGCUUCCACAGCCACCUGUAACAUGGCUGGGGCCUCGGUGAAAGUGGCGGUGAGGGUGAGACCCUUCAACUCCAGAGAGAUGUCCAAGGAGAGCAAAUGCAUCAUUCAGAUGUCAGGAAACACCACAACAAUCCUGAACCCCAAACUGCCAAAAGAAAACAAGAGUUUCAACUUCGACUACUCUUACUGGUCUCACACCACGCCCGAGGACAUCAACUAUGCAUCACAGAUGCAGGUGUACAAGGACAUCGGCGAGGAGAUGCUGCUUCACGCCUUUGAGGGCUACAAUGUCUGCAUAUUCGCAUACGGACAGACGGGAGCGGGCAAAAGCUACACUAUGAUGGGACGACAGGAGACGGACCAACAGGGCAUCAUUCCUUUGCUCUGUGAGGACCUUUUUACCAAGAUCAGUGACAGCAACAAUGACAACAGCAUGUCUUACUCUGUGGAGGUGAGUUACAUGGAAAUCUACUGUGAGCGUGUGCGCGACUUGCUUAACCCCAAAAACAAAGGGAACCUGCGUGUGAGGGAGCACCCGUUGAUGGGACCAUACGUGGAAGAUUUGUCCAAACUGGCCGUCACCUCUUACAACGACAUCCAGGACCUGAUGGACUCUGGAAACAAAGCUAGGACCGUUGCUGCUACAAACAUGAAUGAGACCAGCAGUCGCUCUCAUGCUGUCUUUAACAUCAUCUUCACUCAGAAGAAAUAUGACUCUGAGACUGACAACACAUCAGAAAAGGUCAGUAAGAUCAGCCUGGUGGACCUGGCUGGUAGCGAGCGUGCAGACUCCACUGGAGCAAAAGGAACCAGACUGAAGGAAGGAGCCAACAUCAACAAAUCUCUGACAACAUUGGGCAAAGUUAUUUCUGCUUUAGCUGAGCUGGACUCAGUACCAAACAAGAACAAAAAGAAGAAGAAGGUAGAAAGUUUCAUUCCGUACAGAGAUUCGGUCCUGACGUGGCUGCUGAGGGAGAAUCUAGGUGGAAACUCACGUACGGCCAUGGUGGCUGCUCUUAGCCCUGCCGACAUCAACUAUGAUGAAACCCUCAGUACCCUCCGAUACGCCGAUCGUGCCAAACAGAUCCGCUGCAACGCCGUCAUCAACGAGGACCCGAACAACCGUCUGGUGCGCGAGCUGAAAGAGGAGGUGGCCCGCCUCAAAGACCUGCUGUAUGCUCAGGGCCUGGGUGACAUUAUUGAGAACCUGUGCGAUUACAAGAACUUUGCGAAUGAUCGUCAGGCUGUCAAUCAAAGGGGUGCUCUCUCCGCAGUGACCAAUGCCAUGACAGGAAUGAGCCCCUCUCCGUCGCUGUCGGCGCUGUCUAGUCGCGCCGGCUCCAUCAGCAACCUCCACGAUCGCAUCUUUAGCCCGGCGAGUGAAGAGGCCAUCGAGAGGCUCAAGGAAACGGAGAAAAUCAUUGCAGAACUCAAUGAGACGUGGGAGGAGAAACUUCGACGUACUGAGGCCAUUCGCAUGGAGAGAGAGGCUCUCCUGGCUGAGAUGGGUGUUGCCAUGAGAGAAGAUGGGGGCACUGUCGGUGUUUUCUCCCCAAAAAAGACGCCGCAUCUGGUCAACUUGAACGAGGAUCCACUGAUGUCGGAGUGUCUGCUGUACUACAUCAAAGACGGCAUCACCAAGGUCGGACGUGAGGACGCCAAGACUCGCCAAGACAUUGUCCUGAGCGGCCAUUUUAUCCGAGAUGAACACUGCACCUUCAGCAGCACCACAGGCCCUCAGGGAGAAGGUUGCGUCGUUCUGGAGCCAUGUGAGGACGCAGAGACGUACGUCAACGGCAAGAGGGUGACUUCUCCAACUGUGCUGCGCUCGGGCAACCGCAUCAUCAUGGGUAAGAGCCACGUGUUUCGCUUCAACGACCCUGAGCAGGCCCGGCUGGAGCGUGAGAGGACGCCGUGCGCCGAGACGCCGGUGGAGCCCGUUGACUGGGCCUUUGCUCAGAGAGAGCUGCUGGAGAAACAAGGCAUUGACAUGAAACAGGAGAUGGAGCAGAGGCUUCAGGAACUUGAAGAUCAGUAUCGCAAAGAAAGAGAAGAGGCUAGUAUCUUGCUGGAGCAACAGAGGCUGGACUAUGAGAGUAAGCUGGAGGCUCUUCAGAAGCAGGUGGACUCUCGCUACCUGGAGUCACCAGAGGAAGAAGAGGAGCCCGAGGAGGAAGUGCCGUGGACCAAGCGGGAGACCGAGCUUGCUCUGUGGGCUUUUAGGAAAUGGCGCUUCUACCAGUUCACUUCACUCCGGGAUCUACUUUGGGGCAACGCCAUCUUCCUCAAGGAGGCCAACGCUAUAAGUGUGGAGCUGAAGAAGAAGGUCCAGUUCCAGUUUGUCCUGUUGACCGACACACUUUACUCCCCCCUGCCUCCCGAUCUGCUGCCUCCCAGCGAGACCAAGGAGAGGGAGAGACGGCCUUUCCCUCGAACCAUUGUGGCCGUGGAAGUACAGGAUCAAAAGAAUGGAGCUACACAUUACUGGACUCUGGAGAAGCUCAGGCAGAGACUGGACCUGAUGAGGGAAAUGUACGACCGUGCCGCAGAGCUCCCGAGUAGUGCCGUUGAGGACUGUGACCAUGCCCUUACCGGCGGCGACCCCUUCUAUGACCGCUUCCCAUGGUUUCGUCUGGUGGGCAGAGCGUUUGUGUACCUGAGUAACUUGCUGUAUCCCGUGCCGCUGGUGCACCGUGUGGCCAUUGUGAGCGAGAAGGGGGAGGUGAAGGGCUUCCUAAGAGUGGCUGUGCAGGCCAUUUCAGCGGAUGAGGAAGCUCCAGAUUACGGUUCGGGUGUGAGGCAGUCAGGCACUGCUAAGAUCUCCUUUGAAGAUAAACAAUUUGAGAAGUUUCAGACAGAGUCAACCCCAGGCGGUCUUUCCCACUCCAACACCUCUCAGGAGGAGCUCCGCAUUGUGGAAGGAGAGGGUCAGCUUGUGGAGAUGGGCAUCUCUGCAGAUGAAGUAAAUAACAACACUUGUGAAGAUUCUUAUUUAGCCACUCCAGAGCCUCCACUGAGCCCUGUGAAGAGCUCAGGACUGGGUCUGGAUCUCCCUUUAGAACUCUCACCAGAGAAGGCUCUGUCCCACCUUAAGAUUGGCAGCACCUUCACCUUCAGAGUCACCGUCUUACAGGCCUCCAGCAUCUCAGCCGAGUACGCUGACAUCUUCUGCCAGUUCAACUUCAUCCAUCGCCAUGAUGAAGCGUUCUCCACCGAGCCAUUGAAGAACACUGGCAGGGGACCACCGCUUGGCUUCUACCAUGUCCAAAAUAUCACAGUGGAGGUAACCAAGUCAUUUGUGGAGUACAUCAAGACACAACCUAUUGUCUUUGAGGUGUUCGGUCACUAUCAAAAGCAACCUUUCCCACCCCUCUGCAAAGACUUAAUUAGUCCACUGAGACCUUCCAGAAGGCAAUUCCCCAGAGUGAUGCCUUUGUCCAAACCAGUGCCGGCCACCAAGCUCAGCACUCUGACCCGCUCCACCGCCGGACCUUGUCACUCUAAAUAUGACCUCAUGGUGUUCUUUGAGAUCUGUGAGCUGGAAGCGAGCGGAGAUUACAUUCCAGCUGUUGUUGACCACAGAGGUGGGAUGCCCUGCCAUGGUACUUACCUCCUACAUCAGGGUAUUCAGAGGAGGAUCACAGUCACCAUUGCUCAUGAGAAUGGAAACGACAUUGAAUGGAAGGAAGUGAAGGAGCUGGUCAUUGGUCGUAUCCGGAACACCCCUGAGGCUGAUGAGACCAUUAUCGACCCCAACAUUCUCUCCCUCAACAUCCUGUCUUCUGGAUAUUUCUGGCCAAAACAUGAGGACAAUGUCUCCUUGGGAGUUGAUCAUAGAACCUUCUAUCGCUUUGAAGCAGCAUGGGACAGCUCCAUGCACAACUCCCUCCUCCUGAACAGAGUUACCCCCUAUGGAGAGAAGAUCUACAUCACCCUGUCGGCUUAUCUGGAGAUGGAGAACUGCACUCAGCCGACAGUCAUCACCAAAGAUUUCUGCAUGGUGUUUUACUCUCGCGACACGAAACUUCCAGCGUCUCGUUCCAUCAGAAACCUCUUCAGCACAGGCUGCCUCAGGCCUUCAGAGAGUAACCGUGUCACUGGGGUCUAUGAGAUGACUCUCUGCUACGUGGCGGACAAUGGAAGUCCAGGCAUGCAGCGGCGUCGCCGGCGUGUGCUGGACACCUCGGUGGCGUACGUCAGAGGAGAGGAGAACCUGGCCGGAUGGCGCCCUCGCAGUGACAGCCUCAUUUUAGACCAUCAGUGGGAGCUGGAGAAACUCAGCUUACUUCAGGAGGUGGAGAAGACCCGUCACUACCUGUUACUUAGAGAGAAACUGGAGGCGACCUUGCAGGCUGGACAGGAUGCCCUCUACAAGAGCGUCGACAUCAGCGACUUUGCAAAGAGUCCUGUCCUUAGCCAGAGUCCUGUAAGCAGCCCAGCACCAGACAGCCCCAACCAGAGGCAGAGGGAGCUGGCUGCCAAGUGUCUGCGUCUGCUGAUGCACACCUUCAACAGGGACUACAGCCAGGUGAGCAGCAGUGCCAGUGAGAGCAAGCUGUCUGAGAUGUCGGCGUCACUGAUGAGGGGGGAGUCGUCCUCCACGCUGAACACGCUCACCCCAUCCUCCACUUGUCCCUCACUGGUUGAGGGACACUACGACAUCAGACACACUGACCCCGGUUCAGGCGCAUCCACCCCUGAUCUGGACCCGUUUAGCCCAGUGGACAGAAAGAAGGCUCUCAAAGGCUGCAGCUUUGUUCCAGACAUACAGGAGAUAAGAGUCAGCCCCAUCGUGUCAAAGAAAGGCUACCUGCACUUCCUGGAGCCCCACACUAGCGGCUGGGUCAAACGCUAUGUGGUGGUGCGCCGGCCUUACGUUUACCUGUAUCGCAGUGAGAGGGACAAUGUGGAGCGAGCUGUCAUUAACCUGUCGUCGGCCAAGGUGGAAUACAGUGAAGACAAACAGACCUUGCUGCGGACUCCAAACACGUUCACCGUGUGCACCGAGCAUCGUGGGAUACUGCUUCAAGCCAACAACGACAAAGAGAUGCACGACUGGCUUUAUGCUUUUAAUCCUCUGUUGGCGGGUACCAUCAGGUCCAAACUAUCAAGGAGAAAGUCUGUUCAGUCGGUGCCGGCUGCCCAGAGGAUGUGAGAAUAGAAGGGCCUAUAUUGACAAAUGACCAACACACACACUUGCACACACAAACACACACACAAAGCGAUACAAUCUAAACACCGCCAACUCACUAUUGUAGGAUCCACCUCCACCAACCAUAUAAAUACACUUUUACAUAAAUUACAGUAUUGAAAUAACCUUCUAUAUAUAUUUAACGCCAUUACUCAAUAGCUCACUGUUAACAAGCCUGCAUAGUGACCAACAGUGUAUAGUCAUAUACCCGUGUAAUCCUCCAGUUAAUGUCGUCAAGGUUGUUAAGCGGACAGGCUCAUCCACAUGUGUUUCUACACAGCGGCACCUGGUGGGGGGAGGUUUUCCUGUGUUUAAUGUGCAGGGAUGCGAGUCUGAGUGUUGUUUCCCUGUGGAGAGAACACGUGUUGUUCAAGUAGCAUGCAACAUUAAUUAGGACGCAAGGGUCUAUUGUUGUCCAUUUGUUUUUUUUUCCGGAGCUGAAUGAGCGAUAACACGUUUGCCUUUAAAAAAAAAAUCCCUUCUAUAUAUUAUUUAUUGUUGCUUUAUAUUUUUAUUUACUCGUGUAGGAAAUACUGACUAAUUUUGUUGCACGGCACUUUAUCACCCUCAUUGAAUUCAUGUGUUGCGUCAUUCACUCGGUUGUUGUAUAACCAAAGCCUUGUUUUUAUUGUGCACUUGUGUUACCAAACCUCCUCCUCCUCCUCCUUCUUUUUAAUCAAGAGAAUCCAAUUCCGAUUACUAAGCUAGAGACACAGCAGACAUGUUUAAACGGCUAUACUGGUAAAGAUAUACAUAUACAAAUGGCGAGUUAUGUGUAUGAAUUCUAUUUUGCGACCAGGUGCAGUGACAUCCAGCAGGUAAGUGAAAACAAAAGACAUGAAAACGUGCAUCAGUUGGAGGAAUGUUCGCAAUGAUGUAAAGAUAAUGUUCAUAUUUAUGGACAAAUAAUUCUAUGUGAAUUCCUGCUACAGCAGCAACAAGCACUUAUCCUACAUUUAAUGUGUCAGUAGAGUAGCUGCUUUGCAUCUAUCUAUAGGGUUGAUGUAAUUUCUCCCCUGGUAGCAACAUAAAGGAAUUCCAAAUGGACCUGUAAUGAUUUGUAAUGCCUGAGCCUGUCCCUAAUUGAGAAUUUAGUAGGAUUUCAUACAAAAACAUAAUUUUGAAGUUAAUUUUGCCGUAAUCCCCCUUUUUGUGAAUUGCUGGCAUGGAAAUAAGAAAGAGCGUUUCUAUGAGAACGUGCAAUACCACAAUGACACAUCAUAUGGAUUUCUCUCAUGCAUUCUUGCAGUGAUCUAAGGUCCGCGUAACUAACUACGCUUUACAGGUGUGUUUGAUACCCAGUCGAGUUGCUCUUUUGUAAGAAUUCCUACUAAAUUCUUCUGAGAUCAUUCAAAAGAGGGCAAGUCCAUGCACCAGCUAGUGCCUCCCCCGUUCCUCCACUUCCUCGUGUAAGACUAGCUUGUAUGUAUGUAGGCUGACGUACUAAAUACUCUGACUUUUAUAAGAUAUCAUUGAAGCUUUGUUGUAUGUCGUAGUAGCCUGUAACGUAGGGUACCGUCGCUGAACUAAAAAGCCACGUUGUUUGUUGCUGUCGCUGCUUGCUAUUUGACAAAGUACAUUAUUCAAAGUAAGCUUAUUAGUAGAUGCUUUUAUCUGUCUUUGCUGCACCGCGAUGACCCAAAACUGUACUUAAAAUGUCAAAAAAUUGUGUGUGUUUUUUUUUUUUUAAACGAAGGACAUGGUCUACCAACCAUUUGGUCUUUUCCUGCUGCUUCCUGUUUGCUCCAGGCCAGCCAACCUGCUGAGCAAUGCAGCCUCAUUUAAAACCUUGGAAAUGCAGAGCACUGCAAAAGUAAUAACAAUAAUGUCAUUUUUUCACAUGUUGGGUCGUCCUGGUGCGGUCACUCGUUUCUGUUCCUGCAAAAUUCUUAACAUACCGUAUAUAAAAGAUGAAUGGAAAGCUUUAUUUGUGAAGUUGUGAAUAGAAUACAAUGCACUAUUUAUUUAAGUAGAAUCAUGCACAUAUCUUGCUUUAUUCAGUAUGAUUUCAUAAGAAUGUAAUGUCUUCUGGUAGUCUGACUUUCUAAUCAUACAUUUCGGUGCAAUGCUUUGUUUAUGUUGACUGCUUCUUAGCACGGGGUCGUAGCAUGUAGGUCCACUUGCUCGUAUAUAAGCAAACUCCCCCUCCUCCCUCUCUCUUAAAUACUGGUGUAAAGUUUAUUGUCAUUCAUGAUCUUUGUAAUGAAACCUCCCUCUCAGCUCUGUAUUGUAUAUAAACAAAUUCUCUUUAUACAGAUGCUAUUAGUGUAUCUCUCCUCCACUGUACGUCACCUUUCAUGAGAACAGAAAUAGAAAUAACUGGUCUGUCACAAGUCUUGCGGGCUGAUCGUGGAACAGUUUUAUCAGUGCGGUGGUCUCUGUGGACCAAUCUGUUCAGACCUGCAUCUCACUUUUAUCUUUUCAUUGUUCUGGAGGUUUCUCUGCCGUGUGUGGGCACUUAACUAAUGUCAAGAAAAAAAAAACAAGACAAAUAAAUAAAUGAGUGUUCAAAAUGA